UCUUGUUUGGUUGCCAAGGAAAUGAGGAUCAUGGUGGCUUCAGCAUUUUCAUCUGAUUGAAUCCAAGCGGCAGAGGAGCUGCACAUAUACCGGUAAUGGCAGAGCUGCACAUUGUCGGUCAGAUCGUUGGGGCAAGCGGCUUCCCUCAGAGCAGUCUCUUCUGCAAGUGGGGAAUUCAUACAGGGGGUGCAUGGCGACUUCUCUCUGGUUUGAAGGAGGGGCAGACCCAAGUGGAUUUGCCUCAGACAGGGGACAUGACAUACUGGAGUCAUCCCAUUGAUCUGCACUACACCACUAAAGGACUGCAAGGCUGGCCCAAGCUUCACCUGCAGGUUUGGCACCAGGAUGCAUUUGGGCGCUGUCAGCUGUAUGGGUAUGGAUAUUGCCAUGUGCCCUCCAGCCCAGGGCACCACCAUGUACGCUGUGUGACCUGGAGACCACUGGGAUCCUGGCAAGAGCAGAUAGCUCAAACCUUUGUGGGUGGAGGUCCCCUGCUGCGCUCCCCAGACAUCAUAUACAGUGGGGCGGACAGAUAUAGGCUGCACACAGUGGCUAUGGGCACUGUCGAGCUGGAGCUAGGCAUCAUCAUGCGACACUUUGACAGAUAUGGUGUAGAGAGCUGAAAUGUUGAGAGAUUGGACAGAGCAAAGGGUGAAUGGAGGAGAGAGGCCUGAAUGGAGCACUGUAUUGUUAGUGGAUGUGGAUUUUGACCAUAUCUGCAACGGGUACAUAAGACUGAGCAGGUCAGAUUAGAUAUUUUGCCUUGUGAGAUGUGUUGAUGUUGCAUACAUUCACUAUAGAUACAAAAGUAUGUGGACACCAAUUCAAAUGAGUGGAUUCGGCUAUUUCAGCCACACCCAUUGCUGUCAGGUGUAUAAAAUCAAGCACACUGCUAUGCAAUCUCCAUAGGAAAAUAUUGGCAGUAGAAUGGCCUUACUGAAGAGUUCAGUCACUUUCAACAUGGCAUGGUCUUAGGAUGCCAUAUUUCCAACAGGUCAGUUUAUCAAAUUUCGGCCCUGCUAGAGCUGACCCGGUCAACUGUAAGUGAUGUUAUUAUGAAGUGGAAACGUCUAGGAGCAAUAAAUGCUCAGCCGUGAAGUGGUAGGCACACAAGCUCACAGAACGGGGCCGCCGAGUGCUGAAGCAUGUACCGUGUAAAAAUCAUCUGUCCUCGGUUGCAACACUCAAUACGAAGUUCCAAACUGCCUCUGGAAGCAACGUCAGCACAAAAACUGUUUGUCAGGAGCUUCAUGAAAUGGGUUUCCAUGGCCAAGCAGCCGCACACAUGCCUAAGAUCACCAUGUGCAAUUCCAAGCGUUGGCUGGAGUGGUGUAAAGCUCGCCGCAGUUGGACUCUGGAGCAGUGGAAACAUGUUCUCUGGAGUGAUGGAUCAUGCUUCACAUUCUGGCAGUCCAACGAACAAAUCUGGGUUUUAUCGGAUGCUAGAAGAAUGCUUCCUGCUCUAAUGCAUAGUGCUAACUCUAAAGUUUGGUGGAGGAGGAAUAAUGGUCUGGGGCUGUUUUUCAUGGGCUAUGCCCCUUUUUUCCAGUGAAGGGAAAACUUAAAGCUACAGCAUCAAUGACAUUCUAGAUGAUUCUGUGCUUCCAACUUUGUGGUAGGCCUUUUCCUGUUUCAGCAUGACAAUGCCCCAUGCACAAAGCAAGGUCCAUACAUAAAUGGUUUGCUGAGAUCGGUGUGGAAGAAUUUGACUGGCCUGCACAGAGCCCUGACCUCAGCCCCAUUGAACACUUUUGGAAUGAACUGGAGCACCGACUGCGAGCCAAGCCUAAUCGCCCAUCAUCAGUGCCUGACCUUACUAAAGCUCUUGUGGCUGAAUGGAAGCAAGUCCCUGAAGCAAUGUUCCAACAUGUAGUGGAAAGCCUUCCCAGAAGAGUGGAGGCUGAUAUGGCAGCAGAGGGGGGACCAACUCCAUAAUAAUGGCCAUUAUUUUGGAAUGAGAUGUUCGAGCAGGUGUCCACAUAAUUUAGGUAAUGUAUGUGUAUAAUGAGAAGACCCCAACAUGCAAAUGUGUGUCUUUCCCCUAUCUCUCCACAAAGUGGGGGUGUGAGCCUUUCAACACAAUCUGCCUUCCUGAUUUUAAAUUUUUUAUAUUAUUUUAAACAUUUUAUAUAACAGGUAUUUAAAAAUGCAAACCAGAUUUUAUACUGUACUUAAUUUCAGUUUUCUAUUUUCCUAUGAACUUUUUUUUUAUAUAGUAAAAUUAUGUAAAUAAAUCAUUACCUGCAUGCCUGUGA